AUGGCAAGUUUACCUCUUUUACCAGGAUACAUUUUUCGAGAUAUUAGUUACUCGAGGGGUAUAGUUUUCCGAAUUGAUGCUUUAGUGAUUAAUGGGGUUGUAUUGAACUUCUCAUCGUUUCAUAAGGUCAAGGAUUAUAAAUUGCCGCAUAAGCUCGACAUUUUAAAUGGCUUCCCAGUGAUAUGCGAUACCAAUUACGGCAUUGGGAGGAGAUUGACAGACACAGCAUCCACUCGAUACGCCGAAGGACCAGAUCCCAUAGAAUAUGAUAUAUCAUUGACUUAUGGUCGGGCUCCUCGCUACGUAUAUCAGCAAUUUGUCCCGCAUUACGCAUUAUUUGCGCAGAAAUGUCUACGCUUCAAAGCUUUCUUCCGCCAAGGAGUCUUCAACUCUCCGGACGAACACUAUCGCGUCCGUCACGUAGAUAUUAUUUACUACUUGGAAGAUGACACGCUCUGCGUAAUAGAACCCGUGGUAGACAAUGCCGGUUUUCAACAAGGCAAGUUGGUCAGACGCGACAAAAUCCCAAAAAAUGCCAAGGGAGAUCUAUUCAUCUGGAAGGACUUUAACGUAGGGAUCGACGUGUGCAUUUAUGGUGUGGUUUAUCACAUCGUUGACUGUGACCCGUUCACCAGAGAAUUCCUGACGAGUCAAGGCAUCGAUGUUGGUGAAAAGGAAAGUCUUCCUGCGGAUCCCUAUACGGAACAGCGUGAUGCCAAGCGUAGAAUGCCGUUGACAGUUACACGGAUAGUGGACGAUUCUAGGAGACGUUUUUUAGAAUACGACAACAUGAUACUGUCGUUUGAUGCCACGUGGAACGGCGAUCACUAUCGAGUGAUGUACUUCCUUACAGAUGACACCAUAGCAAUCCGGGAAAUUCACGGACCCAACAACGGCAAAGACCCUGUGGCGAUGCUGUUGAAGCGAAUGCGUAUCCCCAAAAAUUGGCAGAAUUUGCCGUCCUGGCACCCUAGUAUCUACAUGGAAUACGGGGAUCCCGAGAUUGUGGAGUACUAUUCGCCACAAGAUUUUAGAGUAGGUGAAACAAUUCUCUUGUUCGGUCGACAUUUUCUGCUACAUGAUUGCGAUGCCUUUACGCGUAAGUAUUAUUCUGACAUGUUGGGUACACCGCAACCAGACGCGAUUCCGAUACCCGCGAGGGUGAAAAAGCAACUGGUGAAAUUCGAGAUUCCCCCGCACAUAAAGUUCGGUAGUCCCGAGGACACAUACGCUAGUCUAUCACUUAUACCGAAGCCACCUAAGAAGAACCUUAUUCGUCAGUUGGCAAAUUUCCCGAAGAAGCUACGUUAUUCCGCGCGAAUGGAUACGGUGCACCUAGAAGACGAGGACCGUGAUUUCAUACUGGUGUACAGUUUGAGCGAUGGUACUAUUCAAAUCAACGAAAUUGAGAAGCGUAAUUCUGGCCGACGCGAGGGUUGCUUCCUAUCCUCCAGGCUGAUUCCGAAACCAUGCAGUACAGGAAACAUUAAUCCAGAAUAUUACACGCCGCAGGAUUUCUUCAUCGGCGCGCGCAUUAACGUGUUCAACCAUCGCUUCAUCAUUACCGGUGCCGAUCUGUUCGUAUAUCGUUACGUCGAAGCGAAUCGCGAUAGAUUCAGUCAGGAAGUCCAGGAGAAUCUGCGCAAUUAUUUCUUACAGCAAGGCAUGCUACAGGACGACAUAAACAUCGAAGCUAAAAAGAUACAAGAAAUGGAGGACGAACAAAAGCUUCUUGCGAAUAACGUAAUCGCAAAAAACGAUAUCGAGAAUGAUGUUAGCGCAAGCGAAUGUAUGAAAGAAUCCGAUAUGACUAUGGUAAAAAAUUAACGACGGCUUAAUUAAUCUAUUAACACAUAAAUGAUUUUAUCAGCGUCUUCAAUAUCAAUUCAAGUCCAUCAGGUUUGCUAAUAAAUUUUAUAAAUAAUUUUUCUUGUCUUUUACGAAAAUAGCAUUGUCCUAUAUACAGAGCAAUUCUGAAUAAUAAUACUGUGACUUGAUAAAAAAUUGUUUUAAAAAAACUUAUACAAUUGAUUCCUUUUAAUUAAAAGAAAAAUGUCAAAUUAUCAAAAUAAUUGUUUAGUUGAAUGCUAUAAGAUAGCACUCAAUAAACAAUAUAUUAAAAAUUGCAUUUUUUAUUUUCAAUUUUAUGAAAAAUAUACAAAAUUAA